AUGCCUGCCUACCACUCCAUCUUCCUCGAGGACCGGGAUGUCCCCGUAAUAGGCAAUUUCCCCGUCCUCCCCCUCCGCACCCGCACUCGCGGCCCCGCAUACACCCUCCCUCCGCUCCCGCCUAACGCCGAUACCGAAGUGCCCGCCGACAGCGAGUCCUACGACUGUGUCGACGAGAUCCUGUCGCUCUUCCGGGCCAAUGUUCUGUUCCGCAACUUCGAGAUCAACGGCCCCGCCGACCGUAUGCUCAUCUACGGAACGUUGUUCAUCACCGAGUGCUUGGGCAAGGUGAAGCCGACGAUGGCUGCUCGCGAUGCGGAGAAGGCUCUGAUCAAUGUUGCGCUCGAUCACUUUGCUAUCCCCGGUGACGUGGCCUUCCCUCUGAACCAGGCUUUCGAGCCCCCUCGCGACCGUCAGGAUGCCGAAACGCUCAGAUCUUAUCUGUCUCAGGUGCGACAGGAGAUCGCUAUCCGCCUGCACGCUAGAUUAUACCCCGGUGGUGUCGGUCCUUCGAAGUGGUGGCUCAGCUUCACCAAGAGAAAGUUCAUGGGAAAGAGCUUCUAA